AUGGUCAGGAUCGGAGGUUUUCUGCUGAAACACCGGGUCAGGACAUGUUUCCGUCGGGUUUUCCGGCGAGGAUUUUCUCCGGCGCCGUGCAGUCGGCUGAUUAGGUGGGCCCGGCGAUUCAGGAGGGCGAUAGCGGGAAGAAGCGUGUACCCGGGUCGAGGUUACAUGCGGGUCGGGCAAGAUCCGGUUCUGAAGAAGCUGGAUCGUGCCCCGAAGGGGCAUAUGGCGGUCUACGUGGGCCAGAAAGAUGUUGACUUUCAGAGGGUUUUGGUGCCCGUGGCGUAUUUUAAUCACCCUCUGUUUGGGGACUUGUUGAGAGAGUCCGAAAACGAGUUCGGGUUCGAUCAGCCGGGCGGGCUAACCAUACCCUGUCGGAUCUCGGAGUUUGAGCGUGUCCAGACCCGGAUCAAGUGGGGCAACUGA